AUGAACUGCGACAUCUGCACAAAUGCUGCAGUGGAGAAAUGCUACUGUGCAGGAAUCAUGUGCUGCAAUGACUGCUUAGAAAACCACAAACUGGCCUUACCUAAAAUUUCUCACUUCAGUCGGAAGCUUUCAAUCUCUGAAAAACCAAUUAUCUCCGAUUUAGAAAUCUCUCAGCUAGGUAAAAAUAGCCAGAACAAAGAGCUAAUUCUGUCCAAAAUAGAAGAAGAGAUUAGAUUCGUAAAUGAGGCUACAGAGGACUAUAAAGCCAAAAUUUCAUCAAUCAUAAGAAAUCUCGAAUCCCAGCUUGACAUAAUAUUAAGACAGGUUGAAGAACAGAAAGAGGAGACUUUAGAAAAGCUGAAUUCUAUAGUGAAUAAAAUCGAACAAAUUGACCUAAAUGAGUUUAAUAAGUUUGUAGAAGAAAGGAUGAAUUUUGUGGACAUUGACUUAAAAGUGCCUCAUUUAGAAAAUGUUUGGGAUAAUGUUGAGGUCGAAAUAAAAUAUGUAGGACCAAGUAUAGGCUCUGCAAAGCUAUAGAAUUUUCCCAUAGAUGGCGCUGUUUGCCCUUGAUUUGUUCACUGGGAAAAUUUUUUGGUUUCGACAAGUACUAUAUGGUUUGGUCAAACCAAAAAAUUUCCCUCAUGGGCAAAUCAAAGGCGAACAGCGCCAUCUAUGGGAACAUUCUAUAUAUCAUAUUAAGCAAGAUAAGCUGAAGGUUUAUGAUGUUUCUAAGCGAAAAUUAGAAGUCAUGACGAUAAAGAAUAUGAAAAGCAAAGCUUUUUCUGCUAUUGUAGGGCUACCUGGAUCUGUGCUUGUUAGCGGAGGAUCAACAAUUCUUGGGCAAGCUGUCAAAUCUGUGUUUGAAAUAGACCUUAACACUCAAGAAUUAAUAAUCCGAAACAAUAUGAUUUAUGAGAGAUAUUAUCAUUCUGGCAUCUUCGUUGACAAUUUUGUUUAUGUUUUCGGAGGCAUGGGAAUAGGUGAAAUUACUUCAUUUGAAAGAUACAAUAUAAUAACAUCUAGCUGGGAAUUUAUGGGAGACCUUCAUUUAUCUAGAAAACUUCCUGGCGUUUGCCAUCAUGGGAAUAAAAUUUUUAUCGCUGGUGGAAACAAAGAUUUCAGCAUAGAAAUGGUGAGCCUUGACAACUUUUACGUUCAAAGUAUCCAAUUGCAAUUUCCUCUAAGCCAGCAUGGAUGCACAUUGGCUUCUAUUGAAAAUGGGAUUAUAAUUUUUCAAAAUAAAAAUAUUUGUUUAAUAGGCGAUGACGAUACUGAACAAUCUUUGAUGCCUGUUGAAGGUACAUUAAACUGGUGAAGCCAAUCACCGCCAGUUGUCCAGGAUAAAAAUAUUUACAUUUUAAGAUUUUCUGAUCUUUGUGUAUUCCAAUUUAAUUAUGCAACGCCAUCACUGACUGAAAUUUGCAAGAUUGAAUCGAAUAAUAAGUAG